UAUCGAAUCAGUUAGUCGCACGUGCAAUGCCACCUUAUAUAAAUUGCGGAUUGAACCUAGUAACAAAGAGAUGACACAAGACUAGCAGAGACAGCGUCUGAGAGAGAGAGAGAGAGAGAGAGAUUCCGUCGCCGGAAUAUUCCAUUUAGCUUUCUGAUUGUUAAGCAAAGUGUUUUCAUUGGGAGUUCUGAUGCCGUACCUUGUCCGGAAAAACCUGUUUAUUGGCAACAUAGGUGACGCAGCAGAGGUUCUUCAAAAGGAUAGCACUGAGAUUACACAUAUUUUAUCAGUUUUGAACUCCCCAUCAAUAUCCUUUUUUGCCGAAUGGCGUACUGGCCUUAACAUUCCUGCCAAGGAGAUUAAGAAGGUAUAUGUUGGUGGAUUUGAUGAGUCAGCCUCUAAGGAAGAUUUAGGUACUGGGUCAAAGAGUUCUUUGUCUCCCAAUAAGCUUUUAUACUCAUUGGAAUAUGCGGGCAAGGAUUUGAAGCUGGUGAGGAUGGCAGUGCCUAUUAGGGAUAUGGAAAGUGAGGAUUUGUUGGAUUAUUUGGAUGUGUGUUUGGAUUUCAUUGAUCAGAGUAGAAAGGAGGGUUCUGUUUUGGUACAUUGCUUUGCCGGUGUGUCAAGAAGUGCAGCUAUUAUUACAGCGUAUUUGAUGAGAACUGAACAACUAUCUCAAGAAGAUGCUCUUGAAUCCCUAAGGGAAAGCUGCGAGUUUGUUUGCCCCAAUGAUGGCUUUCUUGAUCAGCUGAAAAUGUUUGAGGACAUGGGUUUCAAGGUUGAUCGUGCGAGUUCCAUAUACAAGCGCUUUCGCCUGAAAGUAUUGGGUGAUUCUUAUAACCGGGGAGAGAAGAUAGACAGUUCUAAAUUUGGGGCGGAUCCUGGCAUGUCUACUGGUGUUUCCUCUGAGGUAGAAGCAUCUCCAAAUGGUGAAAACAAGCGUACACCUGCAUACCGCUGUAAGAAAUGCCGAAGAGUUGUUGCAUUGCAGGAGAAUGUGGUGGAUCACAUUCCAGGAGAGGGUGAGACAUCCUUUGCAUGGAACAAGCGAAAAAGUGGCAAUCCCUUUGACAAGUCUGAUGAGCCAGAAUGUUCAUCUAUUUUUGUUGAGCCUCUCAAGUGGAUGGUGUCAGCUGAGGAAGGCGCAUUAGAAGGAAAGCUGUCAUGUGCUCAUUGUGAAGCUCGCUUAGGUUACUUCAAUUGGUCCGGCAUCCAAUGCAGUUGUGGGAGUUGGAUUACCCCAGCCUUUCAACUCCAUAAGAGUCGAGUGGACAUCAGCAUUAUCUAAUAUAUGUUCAGGCAAAAGAUGUUGUCAACUUAUCUCCAGGUAAAAGGAUACCCAACAAUCUCAACAGAAAUUAAAGUGGGCAAAGAAUAUUAUAUCAAUCUGUGGUAAUGCCGUGAAGAAACUUAAAGCAUUGAGGGUCUGGAGCUGGAGGUUUGUAACUUGAGGUAAUUAUCGCCUUGUACUUAUAGAAUAUAAUAUGAUCAGUCGGUUAAGAAAUUUGCUUGAACAGCUCAGUUGUAUGAUGUCUUUAAAGGCCCUGCAAUUUCUUUUCCUGCAAUGCGUUUAAGAUAAAUUACAAACUAGAAUGGAUUGGAGAAGAGGGGUGGCUUUGCCUCAAAUUAUAAUGAUCUUUUAGUCGUUUGAAGA